AUGGAAUUAAUUGAUGAUUAUUCUAAAGAAUUUAUUGAAGAAACUAAAGAGAAGCAAAUUAAGAGAAUAAAACCAAGAAGAAAAGUAAUAAGUAUUGAUGAAAUUAGAAUGAGAAAAAGAAACAACAGAGAAUCAGCUAAUCAUAAUGACUAUGGAAAUGAAGGAUUUUUGUUAAUGAUUUUUUAUUAUUUAGGUUGUACAUUGACAUUAAGAAAAAUAAAAAAAGAAGGAAAGAAUCAAAAAUUAAAAAUAGAAAGUAUUAAAUAUGAAGAUAUAGAAUUACUUUCUCGAGAAGGUAUUGAAAAAGAUAUUGAAGAAUCUAAAUUAUUAAAUAAUUUAAAUGAAAAAACAAGAAUAAAAAGAAUUAUAGUAAAUAUUAUUAUUGAUAAUUCUAUGUUAGAUAUUCUUAAAAACCAAUUUGGAUUUGUUUUUGAUCAAGUUGUAAAGAAGAAACCUGAAAAACAAUUUAUGCCAGAAAGAUGGAUUUUAGAACAUAUUAAACUUAAAAAAGAUUGGACAGUAAAAGAAAUUAUAGAAGAAGGGUCUAAAUUUUAUGAUAAUAUUAAACUUUUUGGAAAAGAUAAAGAAGUUAUUCAAUUAUCCAAAGAAAUAGUAUCUAAAUAUAUUGAACAAACACUUCCAAAAACAACGUCUAUAGAAAAUACUACUGAAUCAGAAAAUUGUUAUUUCUCAGUUUAG